GCUCCCAAGGCAAAAAGCAUGCCUUCGUUGAAACCAUACGCAAAGCAGCCGUUUCGCCAAAAUGCCACCUUCAGUACAGACAACUCUUUAAGAAUUUUAGUUUUGAUCCAAACUCUGCAGCACUACAAAUGAUUGACGCGACGGCAAAAGUUCCGUCCGGAAUCCUUUACCUAAAUCUUGAAGUUUUGGGUGAUUUUGAGGAGUGUAUAAACAUUCGGACCCAAACGGCUAAAGCUGGGGUUAUCCUGGGGAAAUAUUGCUUGGGACGUAUCAUAAUUAAGAACGAUACUGAAGCCAUGAGUCUUUUGGAAGCUGGACCAGAAGGAAGAUUUUUUACUAGCAAAAUGAUAGUUGUCAAAGUACCGACUUGGGCUUUAUGUCUCCCUAACAAAUGCACAGCUGACGAUGCUGGAAUUAUUGGAAACGCUCUUAUAAACACGGAUACUCUGAUCGAAGAUACAGGGAUUGCAGUUGAAUUUAUGGAACCGUUGUGCCAAACUGUUAAUGAAGCUUACCCAGACCUCACAACUAAAGCAAUAAUAACGAUAACGGUUUUGGUACUUCUGUUUGGUAUAGUUUUCCUAUCAACCAUCUACGAUCUUUAUUGCAUUUUCUAUGGCAAAAAGUCGUGUCCCAAGCUAAUCGAAGGUUUUUCUAUUUACACAAACGGCCAAAAGAUUUUCCGAAUGGUUGCGCCUACUGCUGACCACUUACCGUGUCUCAACGGUUUAAGAUGUAUCAGUAUGUUGUGGGUUGUUUACUCGCACCAGUAUCAGUUUGAAAUAAACAAUAUCAUUGCUCAUUCCAAAGACAUAAUAGACUGGGCAAAUAGCUUACAAAGUAUGAUUCUGGUUGGAGGAUCUUACUCUGUUGAUACUUUCCUAACAAUAGGAGGUGUGCUAAUGUCUUAUGGAUUUAUGAAAGCAAAAACGAAAAAGAUCCAAUUUAACUUAUUUUUCUACUAUCUCCACAGAUAUUUACGAUUAACUCUACCUCUUGCCGUGAUUGUGUUAAUUCAAACGAAUCUUUACAAAUACUUAGUCAGUGGGCCAUCAGUGCCAAUUGUGACUGAGAUAUUCCAAAAACAUUGCGAAGAUCACUGGUGGUCAGCCCUUCUCUAUGUGCAAAAUUACUUCCACGUUUCAAAUAUGUGCAUUCCCCAAACUUGGUAUCUCUGCAUCGACAUGCAACUCUACGCAAUCUCGCCAAUUAUAUUCUUCCUUUUGUGGAAACAUCCAAAAGUUUGUAUUACGCUCCUGUGUGGUAUUAGUGUUGCGAUUACAGCAGCAAGUUUUUACGUAGCCUGGCAAAACCAAUUAACUGCGCUCCUAUCAAAUUUUUACGGCAACUUUCGUGAAUAUUUGCACAAGUACUAUUUCCUAACGCAUUUGAGGGCCACGCCGUGGAUAAUUGGCAUAAUCCUGGGAUAUUAUCUCUUCAAAAUUAAACAGAAUAACACUCAAAUAAAAAUGAGUAAAACAGUUGUUGGUCUUAUGUGGGUUGUUUGCACGGCAAUAAUAAACGUUUGUGUGUUCGGAGGGCAUAACACUCUUCAAAGCCCAGAUUAUGACAAGUGGGGUAAUGCCCUCCAUAUAGCACUAGUACGACCAGUGUGGGCGCUUGCGAUUUCUUGGAUAAUUUUUGCCUGCACUAUCAAUUACGGAGGUCCCAUCAAUUGGAUUCUCUCACUGCCCAUUUACCAAGUAAUUAAUAGGUUUACUUAUGGUAUUUAUCUAGGACAUGUGAUUUUUCUCAGUGUGUAUGUUGGUAACAGAAAAUAUCCAGGCUACUUUAGUACUUUCAAUAUGUUAUACGAAUUUUGGGGUACUUUGUGCUUUGGGGUCGUAUUUGCAGUUGUGCUUGUGUUCACAACAGAGUAUCCAAUCGCAGCAUUGGAAAAAUAUCUAUUAGGUGGCUUUUGCGUAAUACGUAAGUCUGCAAAGCUGCAAAUAACACAACCACAGGAAAAGCACAAAAAUUGAUAUCUUUUACUCAAUAAAGUUAUAAAAAAU